AUGAAGAACGUUAGCAAGUCAGCUGGUGGUGGUGAACGUCAACACAGUCAGCUAGUGCUGAAGAACGUCGUCAACAAGCGUCAGACUCUCAGUCAGUUCAGUAGUAGGACAAUGAUGGGGUCGCCUCAGCCGUCCUUCAUCUUCCCGCUGGUGAUUGUGAGCUUCACGGCCGUCUCCUACGUGUGCCUGGUGGUGGUGUACACGGUGCAGCCCACGCCCUUCAUAGACGAGGUUUUCCACAUACCUCAGGCCCAGAAGUACUGUGACAGCAAAUUCCAAGAGUGGGACCCCAAGAUCACAACACUGCCAGGCCUCUAUUUGUUUUCUAUCGGUCUCAAUGGUCCAGUGUCGUGGGUGUUGGGGCGGCAGCUGUGUGAUGUGUUCUCUCUACGCAUCACUAACCUGGUGGCUGCAGCCUUCAUGUUGCUCACCAUACACAAGCUGCUCAUCCACCUGCACGGAGACAGGAUGGACAAUUGGAAGGUGAUGUUGAGUGGGUUGAACCUGUCCCUACUUCCUGUACUCUACUGGUUCACCUUCCUGUACUAUACAGACGUGUUGUCUACCCUGGUGGUGCUGGUGAUGAUCCUCCUGCACCUUCACCAUGCUCCCACCACUGCUGCUGCCAUGGGUGUGGUGGCGGUGAUGAUGCGGCAGACCAACAUCAUAUGGGUUGGAUUCUUGUGUGUGUUGAUGGCCGUUGAUGUGCUGGGAGUGAGGGUGCUCAAAGCUCCAGUAAACACUCUGUCUGAUACAAAGGCUUUAAUGAAGAAAAUAAAGAAAGCAGCUGCAAAACCUUAUCGCUUGGCAGAGGUUUUGGCAGAUGUUGUGGUCGACUGCUUCAGCUAUGGGAUAGUGCUGGCCGGCUUCCUCCUCUUUGUCAUGUACAACGGCAGCGUGGUGGUGGGCGACCGCUCUGCUCACGAAGCCACCGUGCACCUCCCACAGCUCGGUUAUUUCUGCCUCUUCUUUUUAGUUUUCUCUCUGCCGUACACCCCUAGUCACGUCCGCCCCUUCAUAAAGCUGUGUCGUCGCCAUCUAGCGUUUGCCGUGGCCGUGUUGGUGGUUGGAGUGAUGGUGGUUCACUCCAACACACUGGUUCACCCAUACCUCUUGGCCGACAACAGACACUUGACUUUCUACUUAUGGAAUAAAUUAUAUGGAAGGUUCUCGUUUGUCAGGUAUCUCAUGGUCCCAGUUUACAUGUUUGGUGCGUACAUGGUCCAUGUAUUUAUUCAAAAUCGUAGUUUUGUUUUCAAGGCCCUGUUUUUGGCGUGUCUGGUCGCAUCAGUGGUGCCACACAAGUUACUUGAGUUGAGAUACUUCAUCGUCCCCUUUCUCCUGGCACGGAUGCAGUAUAUAUCCAGAAACUGGUGGCAACUGUGGAUAGAGACCCUCUACUUCCUGCUCAUAAAUUCAUUAACUCUUUAUUUAUUUGUCAGUAAGACCUUUGUGUGGGAAGACCUUCCAGAGCUGCAGAGGAUCAUUUGGUAGUGAGUCACUCACACUCUUAUUAUUACUGGUUUAUUAAUUACACUAUUGUACAACUGGUUUAUUAUAAUUAUUAUUAUUAAUGGUGAUUUCUUUGUAAGUUGAGAUUUAUUCUUAGUAAUUUUCUGAAGUAUUUAUCAUUAGUUUCAAGAUGUUUGUAUUGCAGUACUGGAAUAAUA